AGCACCGAAAGAAAAAGCCGUUUCAAGCCUAUGACGAGAUUGUCGAGUUCAGCAGGUGUACAUGAACGCACCGGACGGAUAUACGUGAGUCACGUCCUGCGGAAGUAAACAAUCCUCGGCUGACGUGGAGCUGGAAACUAAGUGGACCAACCGGACCUGAAUCAGCUGGUUUAGAGAAGCGUCUGUCGUUUCAGUCUUCGUCUUGUAUUGUCAGAAGUUAAAGUGGCUCUGUCGGUGUCGUCUAGACGCCCAGAAUAAGUGACGCUCCGUGUUAGCAGCCUCUCAGUACAGUAAGAUGGCGGCAGCAGAGGAGGCCAGCAGGCCGUUCGCCGGACUGUCCGACGUCUCCAUCUCGGAGGACAUCCCGGUGGAGGGGGACAUCUCCGUGCCCGUCGGCUCCUCCAGGAGAGACGACGAGUUCUCCACUCUGGACGAGCCGGUGAAGGAGACCAUCCUGCGGGACCUGCGGGCGGUGGGGAACAAGUUCAUCCACGUCCUGUACCCGAAGCGGAGCUCGGCUCUGCUGCGGGACUGGGACCUGUGGGGCCCGCUGCUGCUCUGCGUGACGCUGGCUCUGCUGCUGCAGGGCGGCGCGGCCGACAGCGACGACCAGGGAGGACCACAGUUCGCUGAGGUCUUUGUCAUCGUCUGGUUCGGCUCCAUCAUCAUCACCCUCAACUCCAAGCUGCUGGGUGGCACCAUCUCCUUCUUCCAGAGCCUGUGUGUGCUGGGAUACUGCAUCAUGCCUCUGACGGUGGCCAUGGCCGUGUGCCGGAUUGUCUUGAUCAGCGGCUCGGGGAACGUCAGCUUCGCCGUGCGGCUGGUAGUGGUGACGGUGUCCUUCGGCUGGUCCACCUUCGCCUCCACGGCCUUCCUCGCCGACAGCCAGCCUCCCAACCGCAAGGCGCGUGUGUACCCGGUGUUCCUCUUCUACUUUGUGAUCGGGUGGAUGAUCCUGACGUUCUCGCCCUCGCAGUAGAGGAGAAACACAAGGACUGGAUUCAAGUUUAACUGACAAAGAUGAGGAUGGUUUUUAUAGAGUGAAAGAACUCAAACAAACACCAGGAUCUGCCUUUGAAUGAGGAGGAACGACUACUGAGGCGACUGUGAGUGUUUCUGAGCUUCUGAAACAGCAUUUAGACUCAUGGGACACCAAAACUCCUUUAGGAGCGGCAGUGGCUCGUACUCAGAUUCAGAGAAGUUGGGUCGGCGCCGUGCUGCAGAUGGAGCUUGAACAAGCUGAUGAAUGAGUUCCGAUUUUUCCAGUUGUGUAAAUUAAAGUCCAUAGGCUUGUAUGCAGAAAUGCUCUAUGAAUGUUUAAACUA